AUGAAUGGCCUUAACAUCCUUAUUCCUGACAUGUCCUAUAUGCUCGCUGCUGAGCACCCCCCACGCGAAAAUACUCCUGCGCUUUCGGACGACACUGGCAGCUCCUCUUCACGCGAAAGCUCUCCACCGGCUACACCUGUCUCUGGACUCAGCUGUGCGCCAUCUAUCUCUUUUGAUGACGAUUCUAAGCAUACAACCACUGGAGAUGGCACGGAUAUCAAGAUUGUCGAAGCAGACGCGGACUCCUCGCCACCAGAAGACAUCACGCGUCCGCUGAAACGGAGACGGCUGGCGGACAUAAGGCCUGAUGAAUUGCGCGCAGAGAGAGUGCUGCCGCCUGACAUAUUGAGUGACGCGACCAAAGCGGAUUAUGACACCUCAUUCUGUCUUGAGCAUAUACGCAUUGGCGACUGCACAAGUGCCGGGGAUGUCAAGCCCGACUCGGAUGCGGUGCACCCGUCUCUUGAACACGUCUUCCGUCCGUUGAAACGGAAGCGGCUUGUGGACAUGAGCACUGAUGAUGCUUGCGCAAAGAGGGCGCAGACGUCUGAUAUCUCGAGCGGCGCCGCCAACAUUGAGGACAGCGCCUCAUUCGAUCUUGGGCAUAUACCCAUCCACGACUGCACGAAGAUCAGGGUCUCCGAACCGGACGGUGUUCACCCAAUCUCCCCCCACAGUUACCUACACGCGCCACUCAAAGCCAUCGCUCGCCCGCCGAAGCGAAAACGGUGUGCGGACACGACGGCCGACGAGGUCUGUGUUAAGAGAAGGCGGUUGUCUGACAGUCCGAGCAACGCGUCAAAGCUCAAAGAUGAGGCUCUUUUCGGACCUCACCUUAGGUGCAUGGUCACGAGCUGUGUGUCCGCUGAGGUGGAGGCAUGCUAUAUCCUGUCUCCCGACAUGUCUCAACGGCUGGCCUACAAAUACUACGUCAUUGCAGAAGAUGAGUACCCUUCAGGCUCGUGCAUCUCCGAGGAUUAUACCAUUACACCUCCAGUCGCGACGGCUUGUAGCUCGUAUCGCUCGCUGGGGUGGCACAACCUGAGUGCGAAUCUGCAUCUAAUGACGAUUCGAGUGGGCCAUGUGGUCGAGCCGGUCUUCUCUCAUAUCAAAGGCGACUCGCCAGUCGAAGUCAUCCCCCGCCUGCCGAAGCGGAAACGGAGCCCGGAUGCAGAGACCGAUGAAGUCCCUGCCAAGAGAAUGCGCACGUCCGGCUCGGCACGCAACACGUCCAAGGUCGAGGACAGUGUUCCUUUCGGACCUCACCCAAGGUGCAUGAUCACUGGCUGCGUGUCUGCUGAGGUGGAGGCGUGUUAUAUCUUACCUCCUGACAUGCCCCAGCUAUUGAUGAAUCGGAAGAUGGACUACAUUACGUUCAACAUGCAUACUAACUACAACGUCCUCCGUUGCCCCGCACCUGGAAAUUUUAUUUUCCUUCGACGCGAUCUCAGAGAACUUUGGGAGACAAAUCGCUUGCUGAUGAUACCCCAUCCUGAUCAUUUGCAGGAGCUCGAGCAUUGCAGUGCCUACAAAUACUGCAUCGUUGCAGAGGAAGAGCACCCUCCAGACUCGUGCACAACCAUGAAUAAUAUCAUCACACCUUCCGUCAUGACGGCUCCUUGCUCAUAUCGGUCGCUCGGAUGGCAUGAACUGAAUGCCAAUCUCCGUCUGAUGACAUUCCGAGCUGGUCAGAAACUGAGCAAGCGACCACUGCACUACCAACAUGUCUUGCGGGAUCUGCUGCCCCACAAUGAGGUCAAUCAUGCAUACACCAUCAUCCGAUGGCAUGGGACGUGGACGGCCCCCUUGACUCGUGCAAUCGUACCUGACAGACGGUUGUGGGCAACAGGCGAGCUCUCAGCCUGUCCUAAGAAUUAUUACCGCCCCCCCAGAACGCAGUAUUGCUCUCCCCUGUUGGAUGACGACACUGACCGCUUUCGUCGCCAGUUCCGGCCAAUCCUCUCAGGGAUUAGGAGGAGACGUUCUGGCGACACCAGUGGGAACAGCCAGGAUCACAUCAGAGAUAUCCAACGGGAAGUCAACAUUCGUCAGUGGUAUCUGGAAUGCGAUCACGCUCGAGAUGAGUGGGCGAUGGGGCCGCCUGCGGAACCUGAGGAUGCAGAGAUGCUCACUUAUCGACAAGAGCAAGCUGGCAAUGUGCAGCCUGUUGUGCAAAAGCUUUGGCGCAAACGGACUGAUCCUGCCAUCGCCAAUAGCACGAAUGAGCCAGACAUAUUUCCUGACCGUGCCAGCAGUCGAUUUAUGGAAUAUAAGAAGUACAAGUGUGUGGGGUCGUCAAUCUUGAUCGUUCCUGCAAAUCAUCCUCCCCGACUCUCGAUUCCGCAAUUACCAGUGAAAUGGUGGCCACUGUGGCUCAGCAUUCUCUGCCUAUGCGCAUCACUCGACUCAUCCGGACAACCGCCUCAGAUACCUCGUGUCGUCAUUAGCAAUCGCAUCUGUACCCCGGUCGGCGGCGGCGGCAGAGAUGAUUUUGUCCUUGACCCUGGUGUAAGACAUAUUAUAUAUGAGGGCAGUGCUCCUACACACCACUACUCCUGUCUCCACUUCAUCAAUCUGGCGUCCUCCCAGUCACAGACCAUCUUCGUGGGAACUAUUCUAUGGAAGCAAUACAAGGCGGGCUUAUAA